AUGAAGAAACUUGUCGUCAGAAUGAAGAACCUUGUUCUCAGAGUGAAGAACCUAGACCUCAGAGAGAAGAAACUUAUCCUCGGAGUGAAACCUAGACCUCAGAGAGAAGAAACUUAUCCUCGGAGUGAAGAACCUUGUCCUCAGAGUGAAGAACCGUGUCCUCAGAGUGAAGAACCUUGUCCUCGAAGUGAGGUGAGGUACCUUGUCCUCACAGAGAAGAACCUUUUCCUCAGAGUGAAGAACCUUGUCCUCAGAAUGAAGAAUCUUGUCCUCAGAAUGAAGAACCUUGUUCUCAGAGUGAAGAAUCUUGUCCUCAGAGUGAAGAACAUUGUCCUCAGAGUGAAUAACCUCGUCUUCGAAGUGAGGAACCUUAUCCUCAGAGAGAAGAACCUUGUCCUCAGAGUGAAGAACCUUGUCCUCAGAAUUGAAGAACCUUGUCCUCAGAGAGAAGAACCUUGUCCUGAGAGUCAAGAACCUUGUCCUCAGAUUGAAGAACCUUGUCCUCAGAAUAAAGAACCUUGUCCUCAGAGAGAAAAACCUUGUCCUCAGAGUGAAGAACCUUGUCGUCAGAAAACCUUGUCCUCAGAAUAAAGAACCUUGUCCUCAGAGUGAAGAACCUUGUCCUCAGAGUGAAGAACCUUGUCCUCAGAAUAAAGAACCUUGUCCUCAGAGUGAAGAACCUUGUUCUCAGAGUGAAGAACCUUGUCCUCAGAGUGAAGAACCUUGUCCUCAGAGUGAAGAACCUUGUCCUCUAAGUGAGGAACCUUCUCCUCAGAGUGAAGAACCUUGUCCUCAGAGUGAUGAACUUUGUCUUCAGAUUGAAGAACCUUGUCCUCAGAAUAAAGAACCAUGUCCUCAGAGUGAAGAACCUUGUCCUCAGGGUGAGGAACCAUGUCCUCGAAGUGAGGUACCUUGUCCUCACAGAGAAGAACCUUGUCCUCAGAGUGAAGAACCUUGUCCUCAGAUUGAAAGAAACUUGUCCUCAGAGUGAAGAACCUUGUCCUCAGAGUGAAGAACCUUGUCCUCAGAGUGAAGAACCUUGUCCUCAGGGUGAAGAACCUUGUCCUCAGAGUGAAGAAGCUUGUCCUCGAAGUGAGGAACCUUCUCCUCAGAGAGAAGAACCUUGUCCUAAGAGUGAAGAACUUUGUCCUCAGAUUGAAGAACCUUUCCUCAGAAUAAAGAACAUUGUCCUCGAGUGAAGAACUUUGUGCAAAGAUUAAGAGUCUUGUCCUCAGAGUUAGGAACCUCUAUCCUCAGAGAGAAGAACCUUGUCCUCAGAGUGAAGAACCUUGUCGUCAGAUUGAAGAACCUUGUCCUCAGAGUAAAUAACCUUGUCCUCAGAUUGAAGAACCUUGUCCUCAGAGUGAAGAACCUAUUCCUCAGAGCGAAGAAAAUUGCUUGUCCUCAGAGUGAAGAACUUUGUCCUAAGAGUAAAGAAUCUUGUCCUCAGAGUUAGGAACCUUAUCCCAGAGUGAAGAACCUUGUCCUCAGAGUCAAGAACCUUGUCCUCAGAUUGAAGAACCUUGUCCUCAGAAUAAAGAACCUUGUCCUCAGAGAGAAAAACCUUGUCCUCAGCGUGAAGAACCUUGUCCUCAGAGUGACGAACCUUGUCCUCAGAGUGAAGAACUUUGUGCAAAGAUUAAGCUCACAAUGAAGAAACUUGUCCUCAGAAUGAAGAAGCUUGUUCUCAGAGUGAAGAACCUAGACCUCAGAGAGAAGAAACUUAUUCUCGGAGUGAAGAACCUUGUCCUCAGAGUGAAGAACCUUGUCCUCAGAGUGAAGAACCUUGUCCUCGAAGUGAGGAACCUUGUCCUCAGAGAGAAGAACCUUGUCCUCAGAGUGAAGAAGCUUGUCCUCAGAUUGAAGAACCUUGUCCUCAGAUUAAAGAACCUUGUCCUCAGAGUGAAUAACCUUGUCCUCAAAGUGAAGAAGCUUGUCCUCAGAGUGAAGAACUUUGUCCUACGAGUAAAGAAUGUUGUCCUCAGAGUUAGGAACCUUGUCCUCAGAGUGAGGAACAUUUGUCCUCCGAGUGAGAACCUUGUCCUCACAAUGAAGAAACUUGUCCUCAGAAUGAAGAAGCUUGUUCUCAGAGUGAAGAACCUAGACCUCAGAGAGAAGAAACUUAUUCUCGGAGUGAAGAACCUUGUCCUCAGAGUGAAGAACCUUGUCCUCAGAGUGAAGAACCUUGUCCUCGAAGUGAGGAACCUUGUCCUCAGAGAGAAGAACCUUGUCCUCAGAGUGAAGAAGCUUGUCCUCAGAUUGAAGAACCUUGUCCUCAGAUUAAAGAACCUUGUCCUCAGAGUGAAUAAACCUUGUCCUCAAAGUGAAGAAGCUUGUCCUCAGAGUGAAGAACUUUGUCCUACGAGUAGAGUGAUGAACCUUGUCGUCAGAGUAAAGAACCUUGUCCUCACAAUGAAGAAACUUGUCCUCAGAAUGAAGAAGCUUGUUCUCAGAGUGAAGAACCUAGACCUCAGUGAGAAGAAACUUAUCCUCGGAAACCUUGUCCGCAAAGUGAAGAACCUUGUCUUCAGAGUGAAGAACCUCAGAGUGAAGGACCUUUCCUCAGAGUGA